UUCAAUAUUUAUUACUUCAGGACCAAGCAAAAGCAUUUUGGACAAAAUGAACUUGUUUGGGGCCAAUGCAAAAGGACAAGAUAAGCACACACCAAAACCAAAUUCAAAAUCAUCAAAAACCAAUAAAGGCUCCCAACCAAUUCCAAAUCGUGGACCAAAGGUGAACAAACCACAAUUGAUCGCUCAGGAACAACAGCAUGAUGUUGGCCUUGAUCAAAAGCCCGCUGACAUUACCACAAUAACAGCUGCAUCAAACGAAGUAAUAACAGAUCACCAAAUUACUGAACCUGUACCAGAAGAAUUGAUCUCAGAUGUCCCAGAUCAGAUAGCACCUGAAAAUAUGAGCCUUGAAACCCACAGAAAUGAAGAAACGGAGCAAUUGGAUUCGUUAGAAGUAUCCGAAAAAGAGUCUAGUGAUACCGUUCCAAUCGCAACAGUACAGAAUGACUCAAAUCCCAUUGCCAUACAAGAGGACUUGAAGAUCAUGUUAGAUCCAAUAGAUGAAUGUACCACUUGCCAACAGCCCGAUUCGUUUGCCGAAAAUCCUGGAGUGCACGAACUGCACGAAACUAACGUUCCAAAGCAGGUGGAAACUGUACUAAUUCUUCCAAAGAAGAAUCUAAACGUUCCUCCAGCUACAAUCGAUCAACCCGCUAGUGAGCAGAGAACCAUGAAACCUCCAACCGCAACGACUCCUGUCGAAAGAAAAGCUACUCCAAUUUCUAUAAAACCACACAAAGAAGUACUGCAACAGCGGUCAAGCAAAUCGAGUCAAUCCUCUCUGUUGUCGGACGGUCCAUCGUCCUCCUCCCAGUGCCAUCUGAUCGAGCUAUCACAACCAAAGCCGGAAGCACUGAAGCUAACGUUGAUACGCCUUCGACAGCUGCACGGCGGCAGUGAGGCCGAAAAAAUCGGGAGCAUCGAGCGCCAUCUACGUGGGUUGCGUGACAGUCCAAGAAAACAGUCAAGCUUUAAAACAGCAAAACUAUCGGAACAGAAUGCAAAAACGAGAAAACCCAACGAUCCGAUCCGAGCCAAACCGAAACAAUCCAGCUCAGAAGACGACGAUGUAGAUCCUGCCGAUGAUCGUCAAGCGUUUGACAAGUUUGCAGCGAAUCUGUACGCGCAUUUGGAGCGGAAGCGAGCGCUCGAGAACUAUGAGGCUUCGAAGCUGAUGAUGCCAGUGGAGAUUGGUUACUAUCGUGAAGCUUAUGCUGCGCUGGUGAAGGCUUUCGGCCAGCCGUACCACAAGUGUACGCUUGAGCUAUACCAGCAGCUGGCCGCCGAGCUUGGGCUGGAGGCCGAAAUGUUUGUGAUGGACAAAACACCGCACGAAACUAAUGUGCCGGCGUGAAAAUGUGCGUAAAGGGUUUCCGGUGCAGUCGAUGUUUUCUCAGUAAUAAAUCAGUUCAAAACAUUUCA